AUGGGGACAAUUCCUCCCAAUAAGGUCUCUAGGUGUAGCCCACACGUGCCCGAGUCACGCAUGCGCAGUGAAGCAAUGACCUCUGUGCCCCCCCAGCUGCACGUGCGCAGUGAGCGCAGGGCUUGUGGACUGUGGCGGCUGCGGUGGCGGCUGCGGCGGCGGAGGCCACUCUAUGGAGAAGCCCCUGCUGCCCCUACGGCUGCGGCCCGCCCCUCGUCCCCCUGAGGCGUAUUGACCUCAACCAUGCUGUCAGCCACGACUUCUGCCCAGCCCAGUAGGGAAUCGAGGGUCAUGAGCCGGUCCCAGAAAUCCAGCCUGGGCGUGCCCACGCCGGACCGCCUCACGCCCUCCCGGACCCCGGACACCCUCAGCGUCAGCCGGCCCAAGUCCAGCGCCAGCACCGUCAGCAGCCGCCACAUCCCCUUGGUCAGGCUCAAGGCAGUCACCGACACGGACUUGGGGUUAGCCCAGGGCGUGCAGUUCAAGGCCAUGGAUCUUAAUGGCAUCAUCAAACUGCUUGAAGAAGGUGGCAAAGGUGAUUUAGAAGAAAGGCAACUACAGUCUAUUAAGAUGAUGGUGCAGUGUUAUCAGAAUGGAUUUCCUCUCAGGGAUUUGGCCCACAUAUUUAAAAUCAUGAGUCUGUGUUCAAAACGGAUUAAUACUCAGCCGGCUUUUUUGGACAUCGUAUGUGGCAUUCUGAAACUAUGCCGUUUACCAUUUCUGAAAAAAAAAACAUCAGAUGAAGUCACCUAUGCAAAAGAAAUCUCAGGGGCAGUUCCACUUCUAGGUGACUUAAUACAGAUACCAAGUUCUGAGUUAAGGAUACAACUUUGUAAGUGCAUUGUUGAUUUUUACCAUGCAGAACCACUAAAGAAGCAAAUUGCAGGUUAUCAGCAAGUUACUUCAGCUUACAAGAUCCGGAUGAUUCAAACAGGGGGUUUGGCAGAAACUUUAGUUCUUUCAUGGAACCUCCUUCAAAAUGAACUUCUUGAAAAGUUAUGGUUACUUAAAACUUUGCAGCAUCUCUCUACUUCUGAAGUUAAUUGUAAUUUAAUGAUAAAAGCACAAGCCGCCAACAAAAUCUGCUCUUGCCUAAAUAACCCAGAUCCUUCUGGACAACUUCUCUUCCGUUCAUCAGAAAUCCUAUGGAACUUAUUAGAAAGAUCUUCGAAAGAGGAAAUCAUCAAGCAGCUUAGUAACUUGAACUGUCUAUUGGCUUUGAAGGAAGUAUUUAAGAAUCUGUUUACUAGAGGUUAUCGUCAUUAUGAUCGUCAACUGAGGAAUGACAUCUUAGUAAUCACCACAAUUAUAGCUCAAAACCCUGGAGCACCAAUGAUAGAAAGUGGAUUUACCAGAGAUUUGAUACUCUUUGCAACAUUUAACGAAGUUAAAAGUAAGGAUCCUUUGGUGAAAGGACUUAAACUUUCUAAUAGCUAUGAAGACUUUGAGCUGAAGAAAUUGCUGUUUAACGUAAUUGUGAUUUUAUGUAGAGAUUUACCAACUGUACAGAUACUAAUUGAAGGUAAAACUGUGGAAGCUUUGUUUACAUAUGUUAAAAAAAUUGAAAGACACAAAGUAAUUGAAUGGUCAGCUGCCCAACUCGAGGAAUUACAACUCCACGCUAUUGCCACCUUGGCCUCAGUGGCCCCUUUGUUGAUAGACGACUACCUGUCCUGCAAUGGCAAUUCUCGAAUUCUGAUGUUCUUAGAGUGGUGUGUAAACGAAGAAACCUUCUUUAGCCAAGGCAACAGUUUCCAUGGCACGGGUGGCCGUGGCAACAAAUUUGCCCAAUUACGCUACACUUUGAGACUUCUGAGAGCCAUGGUGUCCCUCAGUAACGAAAUCGUAAACCAGGAUCUCUUUAAUCAGGGAGCAAUUAAGCAACUGAUAGGAAUCUUAACAAGUGCAGUAUACACAUUUAAGGAAGAGGCCAUUGUUUUGGAAAUUAAGUCAGAUAUAUUACUUAUCUUGUCUUGCAUUUGUGAAAAUCACAUUCAUAGGAAGGAAGCAUUUGGAACUGAAGGAGUGGAUAUAAUUCUUCAUUUAAUGAAAGUAGACCCUAAAAAGUUUCAGAGUGGAUUAGGUCAUAAUCGACUUCUUUUUAGUACAUUGGACUGCUUGUGGUGCUGCAUUUUGGGAUGUUAUACCUUAGAAGACUAUUUUCUUGAAAAAGAAGGCAUUUUUCUACUUUUGGAUCUGUUAGCUUUAAACCAAAAAAACUUCUGUAAUCUCAUUCUUGGAAUAAUGGUGGAAUUUUGUGACAAUCCCAAAACCUCUGUUCAUGUUAAUACUUGGAGAGGGAAGAAAGACCAAACAGCUGCCAAUCUCUUAAUUAAAUUGUGGAGAGAAGAAGAAAAAAUCUUAGGAGUAAAACGUGAUGAAGAUGGGAAGAUAAUUGAUGCAAAGAAGCCUCUGAUUACUAGCUUUCAAGAAGACCAAAAAAUCAUUCCAAUGCCUGCCAGCUGUCCUACUACUUCAAUCAUGGAGGUGUCUGAAAACAUCAGAGCAAAAAUUUAUGCUGUAUUAGGCAAACUAGAUUUUGAAAAUCUACCAGGCUUGUCUGCUGAAGAUUUUGUCACACUCUGUGUCAUACAUAGAUAUCUUGAUUUUAAAAUUGGGGAGAUAUGGAAUGAAAUCAAUGAAGAAAUAAGAGUUGAACGAUUCAGACCCAUCAGUGCUGAUAAAAACACACUGGAAGCUAUUACGGAAGCUUCGGAAAACAUUGGGAAAAUGGUGGUGGCGCUGCAGAAUGAGAUGGUUGAAAGCCAACGAAACCAAGACAUGCACAGUGAACAGAAAGAUUAUAUUAAGAUACAUGCCACUCAUAAGCAAAGGGACAUGGCUAAUAAAUCUUGGGGAAAAUACUUGGCUAGAACAUCCAAUUCUAAAGCUUUAAAGAAAACCAAAAAGCUUCAGGAAAGGGCUAUUGAGUCUUCUCGACCCAAAGGACAACUGCAGAAUGCCAUGGUUCACUCAACAGACAUCAAGGGCCUGAAUAUAACAGAAAACAGUGAUGGGAAACUCUUUGCAACAAAGAUAGAACAAAAAACAGAUGGGCGAAGCGCUUCAAAGAAGGCCUUAAAAGACCCGCCUCCCCAACAGAAUGUUUCUGUGAAACAUGUCAACCAGGAAAACUUGACACAGAAUUCUCUCACAGACACAUCAGAAGCUCAGACCAAAAAGCUUAAAAAAAAAGAAACAAAAGAUAAUCAAAUCACAACGAAAAACACUAAAAGCACUUGAAACCGCCACCGCUUCAAAUUAAGCAGUUCUGUCAUAGUUAGAAACAA